AUGCAAUCAUCUGAAAACCUCCUUGUUGAUGAUUUUCAUCAAAACUUUCUCAUCUUUUAUAAUAAAACCAAAGACAUUACCAAUGUUAGAUUUAAUUAUAUGAGAGAAUUAUAUAACCUUGGAGUGGAUACAUUUCCUGAAAAUUAAGAAGUCUACACCAUUCAACAAAAUAACAAGUUGAAUUUGCAAUCUUAAUAAAAUAAGCUUAAAAAGAACUGGACAGAUGAUGACAAAAAAGUACUCAUAUGGUUGGUGGGUAAAUGGACUGCCUUCAAUAAAAGAGACAUUAAAUCUAUUGUAUAUCAAUUCAACUCUAUUUUAUAGAGCGAUGCUGAUUGGAAUUCAAUUGCCAACAUGAUGCCAAGAAGAGAUGCCUUUAAAUGUAAAUAGAAGUGGCUUCAAAUGCUUAAACUUCCCUUAUAAUAAGCUCCUUGGACCUUACCUGAAGAUGACCUUUUAAGGUCCAUAAUAUAUGAUUACUAAAAUUAGAACAAAGGAAAUAAAUGGAGUCAGAUUGCCACUACUUUAAAUAAAAUUAGUUAAUCGAAUGUACAUAGAAAUGGUAAAUAGUGUAGAGAAAGAUGGAACAAUCAUCUUAAUCCCUUUAUCAAUAGGUAAUAAUCUCAUUAAAAAUAUCUUAUAAGACAUCCUUGGUAAUUGAAUGAAGAUUUAGAUUUGUUAUAAUUAUCGAUCUAAAAUGGAAAAAAGUGGGCCUUGAUUUCAAAAAAACUAAAAAUACCAAGAAGUGAGAAUAGUGUCAAAAAUAGAUUCAAUUGUCUCUUAAGAAAAGAAAGAAGUCACAAAACAGGGUAGGCUAUAUUUAAUAUAGAAGGAAAAAAGUUAAAGAAGAUAGUGAAUCAGAAGAAUCUAAAAUUUCUAAUUUUCCAUCCGCAGAAGAGUUGAAUCACGAUGAAAUCAAACUCAUACAUACUAUCAUAAAAAAAAUAGAGUGGAGAAUCCAAUAAAGUUAAAACCUCCGAGAAAAUGAAUAGAAAGACAUUAUUAAAGAAGAACAUUUAGAUAUUGUUAAAAAAGUUAAAGUCGAAUCUAAUUUACCUUUAAAAAGAGAAUAAAGAUCAUCACAACCUAUUCCUAAAAAUUAAGAUAAAAUCAACUUAUAAAUUAAGGAAUGUUAACUUACAGAAUCUGAAAUAAGUACACUUUAACCAUGUUUAAUAAAUAAAGAAAAAAAUUAAAUAUUUUUUGUUACACCUGAACAAUUACAUCUUUAUCUAAAUAAAUCAGAAAUUAGUUAAUAAAGUACUUUUUAAGAAAACAAUCUAUCAAAUCAAAAUAGUAUGGGUUCCUAUUAUUAUGAUCCCAAACUAUUUCGAUCAUAUGUUAUGAUGUAAUCAAAUGAAUAUCCUCAAAUAUAAAGUGGAAUAUAUCAGUAAAGAUCUAUUCUUAAUCCUAAUGUAUUGGGAAAUUUCCAGAGUCUUAAUAACUAUCCCUAUUCUAUGGCCAUGUCCACUUAUCCAUCUCAAGCAAAUUUGAUGAGCCAAUUAUAAAGAUGA